UUUUCAUCUCUCAUUUCCCUUUACUCUCCGUUGCGAUCACCGGUGGAAUUUUCCGGCACAACCUCGUGUUUUGCAGUGAAAUUUCUCGGUGCUUUUAAAUAAAUUUUUGAGGAAAAGAGAAAAGAAAAAAAAAAAAAAAAACAAAAAGAGAGAAUGUUUCUGAUUGAUUGGUUCUAUGGAAUUCUAGCAUCACUGGGUCUUUACAAUAAGGAGGCUAAGAUCUUGUUUUUAGGACUUGAUAAUGCAGGAAAGACAACCUUGCUUCACAUGUUGAAAGACGAGAGAUUAGUUCAGCACCAACCCACUCAGUAUCCAACUUCGGAGGAAUUGAAUAUAGGGAAAAUUAAGUUCAAGGCCUUUGAUUUGGGCGGCCAUCAGAUUGCUCGCAGGGUCUGGAAGGAUUACUAUGCCAAGGUUGAUGCUGUAGUGUACCUUGUUGAUGCUUUUGACAAGGAGAGGUUUGCAGAGUCCAAAAGGGAGCUAGAUGCACUUCUCUCUGAUGAAUCGCUAGCCAAUGUACCAUUUCUUAUCCUUGGAAACAAGAUUGACAUACCCUAUGCUGCCUCAGAGGAUGAACUGCGUUACCAUAUGGGGCUGACCAACUUCACUACGGGCAAGGGAAAGGUCAAUCUGGCUGAUACAAACGUCCGCCCCCUUGAGGUCUUCAUGUGCAGCAUUGUUCGCAAGAUGGGUUAUGGGGAAGGCUUUAAAUGGUUGUCUCAAUACAUAAAGUAGAAAUAUGAAUGCAUGAACAGCAUAUCAGAUGAGAUGCUGUGCCCUCGCUUACCCAGAUGGUAAUCUUCCAUGCAUUGCUGCACUGUUCUAUUGAACUUUGGUUUCAAUCAUAAGUGUUAAUGUAAAGUGGAUAUGUUUGUUUUAGGUAGUAGCUUGUAGACAGUUGCUUGGUAGCUUGGAAAGUUGGAAAUUUAGAAGUGUCUUCUACUUAUGAUAUAUAAUUAUAAAUUUUUGGGGGUUUUUGUUUUUAGUUUUGACACUACAUUGAUAACCAGUAAUAAAUGUUUACCGAAGGUGAAUUCUCCCA